AAUUUCCAAUUUUCAAGUUUGACUUACAAAUCAAUCAUUAAUCGGUUAGUAUAGUCAAUCUCUUAUAAUUAUUGUUAACUAUGUCAAACGAAAUUACUACCUUAAAGGUGGCCUAUAUCCCUGAACAUUUCUCCACUCCUUUAUUCUUUGCUGAACAACAAGGAUAUUAUGAAUCUCAAAAUUUAAAAAUUGAAUUCGUUAAAGUUCUUGAAGGUACUGGAAGAUUAGUCAAACUUUUAAAUGAUGGAGAAGUUGAUAUUGCUAUUGGAUUAACUGAAGGAUUCAUUGCUGAUUUGGCUAAGGGAAAUGAUUCAUAUAAGUUAAUUGAUACUUAUGUUAAUUCUCCAUUAUUAUGGGCUGUAUCUACCGGUUCAAACCGUAAUGAAUUAACAAAAGUUGAUCAAUUAGAUGGUAAAUCAAUUGGUGUUUCUAGAAUUGGUAGUGGAUCAUAUAUUAUGAGUUUUGUUCUUGCUCAUGAUUUGAAAUUCUCUAAAGAAUUUUCAAAUUUCCCUAUCUUAUCUACAUUUAAAAAUUUAAGAGAUUCAGUUAAUCAUAAAUUAGAAGAUAAAGAAUUAAAUAGUGAUGCAUUUAUGUGGGAAUAUUUUACAUCCAAAAAAUAUUACGAUAAUGGAGAAAUUAAACAAAUUGGUCAAAUUUAUACUCCAUGGCCUUCUUGGGUUAUAACUGCCAAUGCUAAGACAUUAGAAUCAAAAAAUGAAGCUAUUAAAGCAUUUGUGAGUAGUGUAAAUAAAGGUAUUAAUUAUUUCAAUGUCAAUAAAGAUAAAGCCAUUGAAUAUAUUGGUGAAAACUUAGAUUAUUCUAAAGAAGAUGCUGGAGAAUGGAUUAAAACUGUUAAUUUUAAUAGUAAAGUUGGACAAGAUGAAUUAAAUUGGGAAGCAGUUGUCGGAAAAACUAGUGAAAUUUUAAAAAUAGCUGGAGUAUUAACUGAUAGCGACGAAGUUAUAAGUUCCAGAUUAGAAUCAACAGUUCUUAAAAAGUUAUAGAUGACUCUUAAUUAUAUACGCAAGGCUAAUUUACUUUGUAAUGUACAUACAAAAUUUACAUAGUUAAAUGAAAUAGUCGGACCAAGGGAACUUUUUUUAUAGAUACUGUAUAUUAAUGUGCUAAAAUCGUUCGUACCGUACAGCUUUGAAAUGAACUGAUAAAAUUAUUAUUAUUUGUGAACAAUCUCGCAUCGGACUCG